GAUUGGGUGGAAGUGUUUUACUGGAAUGAAACGACUGAAUAAAUCUAAUCAAACAAAGUUAAUAUACAAUAAGAAUCAUCCGAACAGUAACUCAUGUCGUACUUGUUGGGAUAAUUCCAGUGGAUGAUUUGACGAUUUCAGACGACGUACGAUAUACUUCUUCUCUACCCAUCUUACUGAAGUUUUCUUCAGAGAAGUGCCAACAUGAAAUCAGCUUUCCUUUUAUUUGCCUUGGUCCAUGCUACAUUAGCAACUCCAAUUGAAGAGAAUGCGAAUCUAGAAUUUACCAGUGGAAAUCACAAAUUUGCUGCAUAUCUUCACAAGGAGCUCAUCAAAGUACAAGGAGGUAACAUUGUGACAAGUCCUUUCUCUGCUCAAACUGUCUUGGCUUUGACCCAUGAAGGAGCCAAAGGAGAAUCAGCUAGAGAAAUGGUAUCAGGUCUCUCACUGCCUUCCACCAACAAAAAAAUCCAAGAAGCUUUCAAAUGGUUCCUUCCAAAACUAACGUCAUCAGACGAAAAUCUGAAACUGUCUACAGCCAACAAGAUAUACGUCGGGAAAGGAGUUAAAUUGGAAGAUGACUUCAGACAGGUUGCUGAAAGUGUCUAUGAAUCAGGUAUUGAAAAUGUGAACUUCGAAGAAAAUGAAGAAACUGCUGGAAAAAUCAACAGUUGGGUUGAGGAACGCUCUGAAAGUAGAAUAAAGGAGAUUAUCGAUCCUUCGUCCAUCGAUAGUGAUACCACAAUGGUUUUGGUGAAUGCUCUGUAUUUCAAAGGAAUAUGGCUACAGCCUUUCGCUUCCUACAGAACACAAAAAAAGAAGUUUUACGCAUCUGAGGAUAAAGUUGUGGAAGUUGAUAUGAUGCAUCAGGUUGAAUACUUGAAGUACUAUGAAAAUACUGAGCUUGGUGCGAAGUUUUUGGAAAAACCAUACAGAGGUGGUAACGUCAGUAUGGUUUUCAUCCUUCCGAAUGAAAAUCAAGGUUUGGCAGCUCUGGAAAAAAAUAUGAAAGUUCUACUGGCUCCACAACCACUUCAAGUAAAAAGAGUCGACGUACUGAUUCCAAAAUUCAGAAUUGAAACCAAAAUCGAAAUGAUUCCUCUUCUGAGAAAAUUGGGAAUCAAUAAAAUUUUCAAUAGAGGAGAAGCUGACUUAUCUGGUUUAUCUUCCACGGACAAAAAUCUUGUGGUUUCUGAUGUUAUCCAGAAAGUAUUUAUUGAUGUGAAUGAAGCUGGAACUGAAGCUGCAGCUGCAUCAGCAGUUCGAGGUAUUCCCUAUUCGAGACCCUUCGGUCAAUUCUUCGCAGAUCAUCCCUUCGCAUUCUACAUCCAAAGCAAUGGAGUUAUUCUUUUCACCGGCCGAUAUACCAAGUGAUCUGAAAUGCUGCAGAAAACAAAAGAUACAACUAUCUGACUUUCACGUAUUUCAAUAAAUGCUUUCUGAAGUA